AUGGUAACAGAUUUCUUCUACCCCCAACCUGGAGGGGUGGAGUUUCAUGUCUACCAUUUGUCACAGAAAUUGAUAGAUUUGGGACAUUCUGUUAUCAUAAUAACUCACGAUUAUGGAAACAGAUCGGGGAUUAGAAACUUAACCAACGGUUUGAAAGUUUAUUACGUGCCAUUUUUCACAUUUUAUCGUUCUUCAACAUUUCCCACAGUCUUUCUGGCUUUCCCCGUGUUAAGAACCAUUUUCAUCAGAGAGCAGAUAGAUAUAGUACAUGGACAUGGAUCACUAUCGAGUUUGGGACACGAAGCUAUUUUGCAUGGUAGAACCAUGGGAAUGAAAACUGUUUUCACAGAUCAUUCUUUAUUUGGUUUUGCUGACAUAGGAUCAAUUUUAGGUAACAAGGUGUUGAAAUUUGCAUUGAGUGAUGUGGGUCAUAUAAUAUGUGUAUCCCAUACUUGUAAGGAGAACACUGUUUUGAGAGGAUCAUUAAAUCCGUUGAAUGUAUCUGUUAUACCCAAUGCAGUGAUAUCUAAAGAUUUUACUCCUCGAGAAACGAAACUUCCUAUCGAUGAUAAUAUUACUAUUGUAGUUAUUUCAAGGUUGUUUCCUAAUAAGGGGGCCGAUCUACUUACAGCGAUUAUUCCCAGAAUUUGUGCUGCUGUACCGAAAGUUAAAUUCUUGAUAGCAGGAGACGGUCCUAAAUUUUUAGAUUUGGAACAAAUGAGAGAGAAACAUUUCCUCCAAGAAAGAGUAGAAUUAAUGGGAGGUGUUAAACAUGAAGAGGUAAGAAAUAUCAUGAUAAAGGGCCACAUAUAUUUACAUCCUUCAUUGACUGAAGCUUUUGGGACCGUUAUUGUUGAAGCUGUAUCCUGUGGAUUGUUUGUGGUUACAACUAAAGUAGGAGGUAUCCCUGAAGUUCUCCCUAAUCACAUGAUGAGUUUUGCCGAACCCGACGAAGAUAGUUUAGUGCUGGUCACUUUGAACACCAUCAAUAAAUUUCAAAACGGAUUGAUAAAUACUUCAACGUUUCAUAAAGAAGUAGCUUCGAUGUAUAGUUGGGAAGAUAUUGCUUUGAGAACCGAAAAUGUUUAUAAUUCUUUGGAUUUGAAUAAAUUGAAUCAACCAUUAUUCAAACGGUUCCAGAAAUACUAUUGUUGUGGAUUAAUAGCAGGAAAGUUGUUUGUUUUAAUUGUGGUGGUGGAUAUCUUUAUAAGUAUAUUUUUGGAUUACUGGUAUCCCAAAGAAGACAUAGAUUUAGUGACAAAGUGGCCCAAAAACCCCAAAUCAAAGAAACGACUCAGAUCACUUAAAUAA